AUGCAAAGUGAGAAAAAGUUCAUAACAGAUGGAAUCAAGCAAAAUUGCAGAUGUGACGGCAGAGGCAUUUUAUCCUCCCGACGUAUCAAAAUAGAAAAAGGAGUCUGCACACUUUCUCCUGGAAGUGCCCAGCUUAAUAUUGAAUUGUCCUCACCACACAUUAUAUGUGGCUGCAAACUCGAAAUUGGAGUGCCUGAAGUAGAAGAUGAAGGAAUUGUCAACUUAAGCAUAGAGCUUGCUGGAAAAUCACUAAUGACUGACAAAGAAAGGAUGGCUGAGGUGAAAUCUCUUAUAGAAAUGCUGAUGCUGAAUUAUUUUAAUAAGAAGCAGCUAUGUAUUAUCCCAGGCCGCAAGUGUUGGAAACUGUUUAUUGACGUAGAAAUCCUUGACAAGGACGCAAGCAAUUUGAUAGAACAUAUAAGCUUGACCAUAACGUCAGCAUUAGAAGAUGUGAAAGUUCUAGCCACAGAAGGGAUAGUAAAUAAAAACACAAAAGAAGAGUAUAUUGAAAUUCUGGAUGGGACAGUUAGGAUUAAUAUUGAUGAACUGCCAAUCAUUACGACUGUUGCUCAAAUAAAUACCAGUUCAGUCCUUGAUUUAACUGCUGAAGAAGAAGGAUGUGCAGACAGCUUGCUUCAUUUUUCUAUUGACAAGAAUGGAACAAUUAAAGGAAUCAUUAAAGAAAACCCUGGAAGACUUGCAGUAGACCAAGUUCUUUCAGCAGCAAAUAUCGCAAAAGAAGUUGCUGCACACAUAUUUAGUGACUUAGGAACAGGCUCAAUUAAAUAUAAGCUGAGUUAA